CUCUCUCUCUCUCUCUUCCCCCUGAGAGAACACAAAAACAGCGAAAAUUUUCUUUUUGCAGUCUAUAUUCCUCUAUUCCCUUCCUUCUCCUCAACAAUUCAACCUUCGUUUACAUGACAUCUCUACUUUCUCCUACAAGGUUUUCUCUUCUUCGUGGGUUUUAACGUUCAAGUUCUUCCUAGGAGAUUGAUUCUGUUUCUCUACAUUGUGACAUGGAAGAUAAUCAAGAUGAAUAUGCUGAGCAAUCAUUUUCUUCAUCUCCUUAUGAAAUGGGAGAUAUUUUUGGAGAUCCACAGGUGCUUCCUCAUGUAGGAGAUGAAUAUCAAGCAGAAAUUCCUCCUCUAAUUGCAGAAUGUGAUCUUUUACAGCUUAUAAAUACAUCAAGAAAUUCAGAUUUCAUGCUCAAUAUUCACCAGCCUUUUCUACUGGGAUUACCCCUCCCGCUUAUGUGGUCACAUGCUGGAGUUGAAAGCAUUAAUGGGACAGUAGAAUUUGAAAACAGUGAGGAGAGCCAAAUUACUUCCAACAAUGAAUCUCCAGAACAUAAAGUUGAGCCAUUGGAUACUAUAUCAGGCUAUGGGAAAAAUAUAGGAAUUCAUUCAAAUAUUCAACAGGCAGCUGGAAGUGAUAAGAUGGAAGUCGACUCAGUCCUUCUGCCAGAAUCUGCAAUCAAAAUGGAUCUAUUAGAAAGAGGUUUCUGUCCUCUGCCUGGCUUGUUGGGUGAAUCAUGGACAGAUGUUGAGCAUGAUAGUUUUCUUCUUGGUUUAUACAUAUUUGGGAAGAAUCUUGUUGCUGUGAAGAAGUUUGUCAGUAGUAAAAAGAUGGGGGAUAUACUGUCUUUCUAUUAUGGAAAGUUUUACAGGUCUGAUGGAUAUUACAGGUGGUCAGAGUGCCGAAAGCUAAGAAGCAGACAAAGUAUCCAUGGACGAAAGAUAUUUACAGGGUGGAGGCAACAGGAACUAUUAUCACGAUUAUUUUCUCACGUUUCACAAAAAUGUCAGGGUGUGUUGCUCGAGGUAUCUAGGGCAUUUACAGAAGGGAAGAUUUCAUUUGCAGAAUAUGUUUUCACUCUAAAAGGUGCAGUUGGCAUCAAUAUGCUUAUAGAAGCAGUGGGCAUUGGCAAAGGGAAGCAUGAUCUCACUGGCACAGCCAUGGAGCCAAUAAAGCCCAAUCAUACAAUUUCUGUUCGUCCUGAAAUACCAAUCGGCAAGGCCUGCUCCUCUCUUACAUCUGCUGACAUUAUCAAGUUUCUGACAGGAAAUUUUAGGUUAAGUAAAGCCCGAUCCAGUGAUCUCUUCUGGGAAGCUGUUUGGCCUAGACUUUUAACAAAAGGAUGGCACUCUGAGCAGCCUAAGGAUAAUGGCUUUUCUGGUUCUAAGCAUUCUUUGGUAUUUCUCAUUCCCGGUGUUAAAAAAUUUUCAAGGAGAAGACUUGUGAAAGGUAACCACUAUUUUGAUUCUGUUAGUGACGUCUUAAAUAAAGUUGCAUCAGAACCAGGACUACUUGACCUUGAAACUGAAACAGCCAAUGCCAGCCAACAUAAGGAAGAAUGUGGAUGGGACCCAUCCUUAAAAGAGGACCAAGAUGAUGUGUCAAGCAAGCAACGCCGUUGUUACCUCCAGCCUCGUACUCCAAAUUAUAAUCGGCAUGUACAGAAAUUUACAGUUGUUGAUACCAGUUUGGCUCAUGGAGCAGAACAACCUAAGGUGAGAGAGCUCAGAAGUUUACCUGUUGAAACUACUAGUGUAUCUACCUCAUCUAGUCUUUCUAGUGAAACUGAAGAAGAUACAUCAGAAGACUCACAAGAGGAAUCAGAAGAAAUUAACACCUCAAAUCCAGCUGAUGAUGUGACUGAGAAGAGAAUUUGUGUUGACUCAUCAUAUUGUACAAGUAGUCUUCUAAAUAGUGGCACUCAUAGCAAUCCUGAUCCCAGUACUGCAGCUGUGGAAAUAAGUCUAAUUAAUGACAAUGAGGAAAGGAAGACUCUGAAGUAUCAAUUCAGCAGGAAGGUAAAGUCUGGUUGCUCAAAAUAUUUGGUUCCUAUUACGAAGCAGCAGGAUACUAUUGCUUGUGACCCUGGGCAAUCGAACUGGAGCACUAAAAAUAUGUCUACGGACAAGAAUUUAAAUAUAGAAGAUGAGUCCCACUACAUAUCAAAAUCGCCUGACGCAUGUGAGGACAGGAUUUUCCAGGUGGGCCCACCUCAAAUUUCGCCGUUUCCCAGUUCUUUGGCUAAAGACAGGCCAACUGAGAGCAAUGAAGGAAUUGUUGGUGAGAAUUUCCUAGGUAGAGAAGCAUCUCCAGAAAAACCUCAAUCCCUUAAGUUGAUUGACUUGAACUUCCCUCAUGUAUCACCGGAUUUUGCAGCUGAAGAACAUAUUAUGACAGAUGUUGAGCAAAACAAUGACAGUUCAUCCUUUCUGUCUGGAACAGGCCAGCAACCUGAGUCUUUUAAGAUCUGUGACAAUGGAGUUGAUCCAAGGCAGCAACCUCUAGUAAAUAACCGGAGGCAGAGUACAAGGAACCGGCCAUUGACCACAAAGGCAUUGGAAGCUUUAGAAUUAGGAUUUUUCAACACAAAGAAAAAAAGAAAAGGUGCAGGCAUACCUGAAAGUAACUCGAUAUCAAUGCCUUCUAGGCGAGUUCGUGGAAGGGUCAGUUUUAAAGCAACUUCCAAGGAAGGUGCUGUGAAUGAGGUCGCAGACUCCAGAACAGGGGAUAUUUCGGAUGGCUUCCACAAUAACACUGACAUGGUCAAUUUCUCUCAGGUUUAAUGCAUGGAAAAAGGACAUGGAUGAUAUUGGUCUUCUCUAUGUUCUGUCACUGGUUAAAAAUUUUGCAAUGCUUCCCUAAUCAUACUAGAAAAGAGCAGGAAUGCCUUGUUCAGUCACCCAACCAUUUGCACACACGCAGCAUAUGUGGCUGCAGGGAAAAUCGAGUAUCACAUUAGUCAGAUGAAAGCUUAGAGGGGGACAUUGCCAAAAGCAUGUAACAAGGUGCCACUUGACCAUAACAUCUUGGAGUAACUGAUGUAUAUGGCAGUUUCUUUGCAAGGGAGGUUCUGCUUGAGGUAUCACAUCCCCAACCUUGACGAAGAAACAGAUAAUUGUGAAUUUGUGAAAUAGCUUGUUGGUCCUUAUCAUAUACAGGUGAAUAUACAUAUUAUUACAUUGUGAAAUAAAAAAAUAUAUAACAUCUCUCGUGAAAUUUGUAGAACUUGAAUGGAAUAAUGGUUUAUGACAUAUGGCUAUAUGCUUUUAGUUC